GAAAUUGUGCAAAAGUUAUCUGAAUAAUUCGAUAUGAUGUAGACUACAAAUGUAGAAUUAAUUUACAUUAUUCAGAUCGUUGAUUCAUUGAAAAAUGUUUCGUAUUGUUUGAUUUGUAUCGUUGACGGAAUUUUCGAACGAGAUUCGUCGAAUUCAUCAUUACAUUCCAUUCAGAUAGGCGGUAGCGAUAAACGCGUGUGUCGAGUAGAAAUUGCAAUCGGCUUUUCCUUUCUUUUUAAUGAUUCUUCAUUAGUGUAUAUGCAUAUAAUUAAUGUAAUUUUUAUUUUACACGGUCGUUGAACAAACUUUCAUAUAUUUCUAAUGUAAAUUUCCAUUCGAAUAUUAAAAGAGAGAGACAGAAGUUAAGGUAGAGGUGAGUCGCGAAUAGGGUACAGCGAAAGGGUGAAACUCGCGUGUGCACGAUAUGUGUAAGAUGUGUACGAUGUAUUAAUAUAGCAAAUAAUUUUCUUGAAUUAAUGAAUCGGCUUCGAUCUAUGUCAGUCCACAACUUUCUUCGUCAGACAUUCACCGUGAGUUCGUCACCAGUUAAAAUUCGUGUCGAGCAUAGCACUCGUGUCUGUUCGUUCGUUCAAAUGUAUAUAUCGCAUAAAAAAUUAUACAAGUAGCAUAGUUGUUGUGACAGUCCGACGUAACGAUUAAUCAUAUGAAAAUAUCGUAUAAGAAUUCGGUGAAUCCAUAAUAACGCAGACUAGUUCGCUUUUUUACAGCGACGAAGAAUCGUGGUUUUUUGAAUUCUUCGUAUCGAACAGUGUAUUUAACGGAAGAUUCUGCUGUUUUAUAAAGUUGUUGCUGUACUAUUAACUUGGAAACGUCACGCAGCAAACGCAGCGAACACGAACAACGCGAUGGUGGAAGUUCUGGUGGAACCAUGUGGCCAAGAAGCGAGAGUAUUGGAUAAUGGUUGCAAAUUGAACGACAAUCCGACGGAACAUUUGGUUCAAAGUGAUCGUUGCGAUUUGAUUUUGGAACAGUCGAAUCUCAGCCCGAUUCAACAGUUCUACAAUGGGCAAAGCAUCUUCAUCACUGGCGGUACUGGAUUCGUCGGCAAACUUUUAAUAGAGAAGCUUCUCCGAGAAUGUCCUGGGAUCUCGUUCAUCUAUUUGUUGGUACGUCCGAAGAAAGGGAAAGAUAUGCAUCAACGUAUCGAGGAAAUCUUUGACGAUCCGCUCUUUGGCAAAGUAAAAGAGAAGCGACCAAAAUUUCGGCAUCAAAUCGUUGCUAUAGCCGGAGAUUGCGGUCAGCCAGGUCUUGGUAUAUCUCCCGCGGACAGGCAAACGAUUACGAGAGAAGUCUCAAUCGUCUUUCAUGUUGCGGCAACGGUCAGAUUUGACGAGAAGAUGAAACUUGCCGUACCCAUUAAUGUUCGUAGUCCAAAAGAUGUAAUGGAUCUUUGUAAGGAAAUUUCAUAUUUAAAGGCGUGCAUCCACGUAUCGACAGCAUAUGCCAAUUGUACGCGAACUCAUAUCGAAGAAAAGGUGUACGAAGCACCGAUUGACGGAGACAAGUUGGCAACUAUCGUUGAAUAUAUGGAUGAGAAAUUGAUCGAGGAAAUAACUCCACGAUUAUUAGGUGCAUGGCCGAACACGUACACAUACACAAAAGCAGUAGCAGAAGGUAUCAUUGUGAAACAGGCCGGUGAUUUGCCUGUUGGAAUAUUUCGUCCCGGUAUUGUGAUAUCAACAUACCAAGAACCGGUGCGAGGAUGGAUCGACAACUUGUACGGACCAACAGGUGUUGCAGCUGGGGCUGGUACCGGGGUCUUACGAUCGAUUCAUUGCGAUGGAUCCAUAGAAGCCAAUGUUGUUCCUGGAGAUUUAACAGUAAAUGCCUUAAUAGCUUGCGCGUGGGAUGUCGCGAAUCGUCGAAAAUCUGCAACUACCAAAGAAAGGGAAAAUGACAUACCCGUUUACAAUUAUGUUUCAAAAGAUAAUCCUAUAACAUACGAUCAAUUGAAACUUUUAUCCGAAAAAUACGGGCUUGAGUUUCCCACUAGCAGAGCAAUAUGGUACUAUAGUUUCCGAAAUAACAAACAUAGGAUAAUUCAUCUUAUGUAUGUUUACUUGUUACACUUAUUACCGGCACUCUUGAUCGACACCGUCACGCUCUGUUUGGGAAAACAACCGAGGAUGUUAAAGAUCUAUAAAAAGAUACACAAAUUUAUGGAUGUACUUAACUACUUUUCUAUCCACGAAUGGAAGUUUUCGAAUGAUAAUAUUAAGGAGUUACUAAAUAAGAUGACAGAGGAAGACCGUGAAAAUUUUGCAUGCGAUAUCACCGAUAUUGACUGGGACCAAUAUUUUCGGACAUAUAUACGUGGAAUUCGUAUGUAUCUGAUAAAAGAUCCGCUAGACACUCUUCCAAAAGCACGUAUCAAGUGGCAAAGAUUAUACUGGACUCAUCAAGUGGUAAAACUAAUCCUCGGUUAUGCUCUAUUGCGAAUAUGUUGGUUAACUUUAUCUCUUCUUUUUCGAAAUUGUAUACCUCAAUUUGCGUAACAAAUAUGCUUUACGUGUGUGAUGAGAGGAAAUAAACGCGCGGUAAUGCACGCGGUAAUGCGCGUCAGAUACACAUAAAUAUGACUUCGUUCGAAGUUCGAAGUUGGUUCAGAAUUAAGUGUCGUUCUUGAAUCAAGUUCAUUGAGAUGAUCUUGGUCUCGUGUUUGUGAUCGAAAGUGAGGUUACCUUGCUGAUUUUCUGAACAGCUCGGAAGAAUAGAGAAGGAAGCAGAGAAGAAGGAAGAACACAGUGGAAAACUGACCAAAGUACUAUAUAGUUCUAUCGCCGCGUAUUCGCGUUUAUUCGAUUCGAGAUGAUCAUAAAACCACCACUUAGUAACUCCAACUUAAUAUGUAUGAACCGCGUUCGAGAAGUUUGUAAGGAAAUGAUGAAAUACAAUAUAAUUCCUUCCA